CCUCUCUGUGACCCCAGGUUCCAGCUGCACGUGUGGGACGGGGGCGGUCAGAGCUCUCUCCGCUCCUACUGGCGCAAUUACUUCGAGAGCACGGACGGGCUGGUCUGGGUGGUGGACAGCAGCGACAGGCAGAGGCUCAAAGUGUGUGCCCAGGAGCUGAGAGCGCUGCUCCGAGAGGAGCGACAGGCAGAGGCUCAAAGUGUGUGCCCAGGAGCUCAGGGCGCUCUUUCAACUACCUGACCCCGUGUCCCCCCCUGACCCCAGGCCCUGGAGCUGGACUCCAUCCGCAGCCACCGCUGGCGCCUCCAGGGCUGCUCGGCCUUCACCGGCCGCGACCUCCUGCCCGGCCUGGACUGGCUGCUGGACGACCUGGGGGCGCGCCUGUGCCCCCCCGACUGACCACUGAGUGACCCCGAGUGACCACUGACCCCUGGAGUGACCCUGAGUGACCACUGACCACCAGAGUGACCCUGAGUGACCACCAGACUGACCAGAGUGACCCCAAGUGACCACUGACCCCUGGAGUGACCACAGUGACCCUGAGUGACCCUGAGUGACCACUGACCACCAGAGUGACCACAGUGACCCCACACUGACCCUGAGUGACCCACAAAGUGACCACAGUGACCCCCAGACUGACCACUGACCCCCGGAGUGACCACUGACCACCAGAGUGACCCCAGACUGACCCCUGGAGUGACCCCUCUGCCCCCAGACUGACCAGAGUGACCCAGAGUGACCCCACAAUGACCCCUGAGUGACCCCCAGACCGACC